UCCAGUGCUGUGAUGUCGCGGAGUAUUCUGGCUUUCUGUCUCUUGGCAUGUAUUGACUCUGGAAUAAGCGCAUAUCCAGUCAAGCCUGCCAGUCCCCGGGAAGGCGCACCACCUGAAGAGCUCAUCAAAUACUAUUCUGCACUAAGACACUACAUAAAUCUCAUUACCAGACAGAGGUAUGGGAAAAGAGAAACUCCAGAUACUCUAUUUGCUGAUGUGUUUAUGAGGGAGAGCACAGAGAGUGUUCCAGGAUCAAACUACAUCAGGUAUGAUGUCCUGCCACUGUGGUGA